CUGGCCGCAGCCAAUGGGAGAGGCCGGGAGGCGAGUUUGAAUCGGCGGCUCGAGUGGUGGGCACAGAGGGAGCGGCUGCCAUGAGGAAAAGCGAGGUGUUGGCGGCCGAGGCCGUGUCGUGCCUGAACCGAGCCAUGGCGGCCCUGCGCGAUAUAUGGGAGGAGAUCGGGAUCCCCGAGGAGCAGCGCCUGGAGCGCACCGGGGUCGUGAAGAAGUACAUGAAGGGUCUCCUGGACCAGAUGGUGGCAGAGGAGGAGCGCCUGAAGGAGCGUCUCUUGAAGAGCAUUGCAGUGUGUCGGAAGGAGCUGGACACCCUCUGCAGGGAGCUCCAGCUGGAGCCCUUUGAGGAGGAAGAGGAGAGCACCAUCCUGCAGAUGGAGAAGAAUCUGCGCACCCGUGUGGAAGUGAUGUUGAAGCAGAAAAGGGACAGGAAGCAGGAGCUGAAAACUCUGCAGGAAAGGGACCAAGACCUGUGUGACAUCCUCUGCACCACCCCUUUCGACAUCGACGGCAGCGCCGUGCCCAGCCUGGAGGACCUGGAUCGCUACCGGCGCCACCUGGCCACCCUGACCGCCACCAAGGAGCAAAGGCGGGAAGAGUUUGUCAGCAGCAAGCGGCAAAUCAUCCUCCUGAUGGAGGAGCUGGACCACACUCCGGACACCAGCUUUGAGCGGGACGUGGUGUGCGAGGACGAGGACGCGUUCUGCCUCUCCACCGACAACCUGGCGGCCCUGCAGGGGCUGCUGCAGCAGCUGGAAGCGCGGCGCUCCCUGAACGAGGCCGUGUGCGCGGAGCUGCGCGCCAGGAUCGCGGCGCUUUGGGAAAGGCUGCAGGUCCCCGAGGAGGAGAGAGCAUCUUCUGCCGUGCACGUGGCUGGGUCCAGAGCCAAGACCAGGACAGCUCUGCAGCUGGAAGUGGAUCGUCUGGAGGAGCUGAAGCUGCAGAACAUGAAGAUGGUGGUUCAGGCAAUCCGAGCAGAGCUGGCCAACCUCUGGGACAAGUGUUUCUAUAGCCAGGAGCAGAGGGAAGACUUCAGCCCCUAUUAUGAUGAGGACUAUACAGAGACCCUGCUCAAGCUCCAUGAUGCUGAGGUGGAGAAGAUGAAGAGCUACUAUGAAAUACACAAAGAUCUGUUUGAGGCUGUCCAGAAAUGGGAGGAGAGCUGGAAGCUGUUCCUGGAGCUGGAGAGGAAAGCAACCGACCCCAGCCGCUUUGCCAACCGUGGGGGCAAUCUGCUGAAGGAGGAGAAGCAGCGAGCAAAGCUGCAGAAGACGCUUUCCAAGCUGCAGGAAGAGCUGGAGAACAAGGUCCGGGCCUGGGAGCAGGAGCACGGGGGGGCUUUCCUGGUGAAGGGGCAGCAGUUCCUGGAGUAUGUGACAGAGCAGUGGCAGCUGUACCGGCUGGAGAAGGAGAAGGAGAAGCAGGAGCGGCACCUGAAGAAAAGCCGCCAGACCGAGACAGAGAUGAUGUACGGGAGCACCCCCACCAAGCGGCGGGUGCUCGGCCCCCACACGCCUGGCAAAGUAAGGAAGCUCAACGGCACCUCCAUCUCCAGCGCCACCCCCAACAGCACCGUCCGCUCCGCCUUCGGGGCAACCAUCUACCACUCCCCAACCUCCCGGCUGCCACCGUCGGGAGGGAAGUUCAGCCAGGCUCGGACCCCCGGACGCGUGGCUGCCAAGCCCCCCCGUCCUGGCUACAGGGAGCGGAACAAGGAGAACAUGUCGCAGCUGAACGGGACCACCCUGAGCGGUGGGUGCACCCUCACAGCCCCUGCCCAGCGUAACCACAGCGUUAAUUCUGUUGCCAGCACCUAUUCUGAGUUUGCGCGCGAACUUUCCAAGGCUUCCAUGUCUGAGAGCAGCUCCCGUGUCCUCAAUUCCACCACCACCACAGCCUUCUGCUGAGCUGCUGCCGGCCCCGCUCCAGCCCUCAGAGCCGUAGUGAGUGGCUGUCCUGCAGAGUCCCCCUGCCCCCCAGCCACAGCCCCUGCCUCACCCUGGCCUCUCUGCGGGGGGAGGGAGGGUAGGGUGCCAAAGGGACACUUUUAAAAACUUGCUUUUAUUUGGGGAAUUUUUGCAAAUGUUGGUGAUUAAAGGUUUGUGCGUGGUCGUGGUAGGGUAGUGGAGGGGUGGGCAGCCCCGUCCUGAGGGGCUCUGCCUGGCUUGGGGUGUGCUCUGGGACAGACAGGACCUAUUUUGGAGAGCUGGCCUCUGCCCUUUGUCACUGGCCCCUUUGCUGCAGCUGGUGUCCACCAGCAUCUUCCUUCCUGUGUCACAGCAGGGUUGCUCCAGAGGGGCUGGCUGUAGUGAGGGCUGGUUGGUGCUGAGGUUUCCUUCCCUAGCUUUGCUUCACCCCCUGGUCCUUGGGCUCAUCCUGACUGCAGGGUCUCAUCUCUCCUAACAUCCAGCUGCAAGGACGGGGGGUCUCGGGAGGGGGAGGGAGCAGCAGUGUCCUCCUGGAGCCCUGAUGGCCAAACAAGUUCCUGCCUUCUUGUUCCCAGGGGUGGAGGGGCAGAGCUGGGGCAGGGGUGACAAGGAGCCGAGGUACAGGGAGACAGUGCCCCCCUUUCCCUGCCCUGGGGCAGCUCGUAGCCCUGCUCUUCUCCGUCCAGUGCUGGCCCCCCUCCCUCUGCUCCAGCAGCAGCCAGUGAGCUGCACAGGGCAGAGGGGGCUUGUUAGCACCUUGGUUAAUGAAGCUGAUCAUUACUAAUUUGCACCUUGUUAUCACUACAGUCCCCCACUUGCUGUUUUUAUUUAUUCUCCAGGUCCUGUCCCCUUGCUCUGUAACUCUGUAUAUACUGUUCAUGGCAAUAAUGUAUCUGUGUACAUAGCUGCCGCUGCCUGCGUCUCUGUGGGGUGACCGAUGGCUCCCGGGGGUGGCCCCUCAGCUGGGGGGGGGUCAGGCACAGCUCUGACCUGGGGCUGGGGAAAG